UGCAUACGUGAUAAAAUGCACAUAAGUGUUUGUGACAGUUUGUGUGCCGAAGAAUUUGUUAAAUUAAUUUAUAUUUUUUCAUAAACAUAAAAAGCGUGUUUGUUUUUCAAUAAUAUAUUGGGUAAUGGUAUCCCGUUUGGGAUACUUUUCAACAUUUCUUCGUAAUUCGGAAUAAAAUUUCUUCAGUUUACGUGCGAUGUCAUUAUUAUAAUUCAUUUUGUAUACCGGCAUAAGAAACUUCAAAAUCUACAAAUCAUGUCUUCCAAAGCCGUUCUGCGAAGUUGGACUAGAUUCUGUUCCCUAGUUUCAACUCACAGCACCACACAGAGUAAACGUUCCAGUUUAAAAUACUUUGGUGCUGGAAUCUUGGCAGCAGGAAUUGUGGCUUACAAGACCUCAACUUCUCAAGUUCUAGCCGCCGAACCCGAAUUAAAUACAAAAUUAUUCAUGGCAGAGCCCAUCACCAGUAAGGAAACCUUGAUAAAUAACAAAAAUGACAUGAAGACCAAGAUGGAACUGCUCAUUAUGAAAAUACAAGCAGAUUUUUGUAAAGAAUUGGAAAAACUAGAAGACAGGGAAGAUCGGUUUCAGGUUGAUCGAUGGACCAGAAAGGAAGGAGGUGGUGGGAUAACUUGUGUUUUGCAAGAUGGUACUGUUUUCGAAAAGGCAGGUGUCAAUAUUUCCGUUGUUUCCGGAAUUCUACCACCGGGCGCGAUCCAGCAAAUGAGAGCCCGAGGGAAAAGCAUUGAAGAGGGAUCAUUGCCAUUCUUCGCUGCUGGUGUCAGUGCUGUCAUUCACCCUAGAUCUCCAAUGGUUCCAACGAUUCAUUUCAACUAUCGUUAUUUUGAGAUUAAAAACAAAGAUGGCUCAAUUCAGUGGUGGUUCGGAGGUGGAACCGAUCUCACACCUUACUAUCUAGAUGAAAGUGAUGCGAGGCAUUUCCACGGUACUCUGAAAUCGGCCUGCGAUAAACAUGAUCGUUCCUACUACUCGAAAUUGAAGAAGUGGUGUGAUGACUACUUUGUCAUAACUCACAGGGGCGAAAGAAGAGGAGUCGGUGGCAUUUUCUUUGAUGAUCUGGAUACACCAAGUCAGGAUGAAGCAUUCAAGUUUGUGACAUCUUGUGCUGAAGCUGUUAUUCCUUCCUACAUACCGAUUGUUAAGAAAAACAUGACCAAGGGUUACGGAUACCAUGAAAGGCAGUGGCAAUUAUUGCGUAGAGGAAGAUAUGUAGAAUUCAAUUUAAUUUAUGAUCGUGGGACGAAGUUUGGAUUGUAUACGCCUGGUGCUCGAUACGAAAGUAUUCUUAUGUCCCUUCCUUUGGUAGCUAAGUGGGAAUAUAUGCAUCAGCCAGAAGCUAAUUCUAAAGAGGAAAAGUUGAUGAAAGUAUUGAAGGAACCUAGAGAUUGGGUAAAAUAAUUUUGUAGCUUGAAAGUGAUGUUUGUUAAUAAUAGUAUAAUGCUCGUUUAUUUUCAAGGAGCAUUGCAUUUUACCUUAGUUAGUGAUGAGAAAAUUGUUAAAAAUAUUGUUCAGUUAUGUUUUUUUUCUGGUAUUUAGGAUAUUAAUAUAGAGCAAACAAAAAAUACCGGAAGAUUGAUCGAUUAUGUAAGUGGAAGACUGUUAUUAAUAUUUAUUUUUUAAGGCAUAUAAAAGACUUUUUUAAAGACAUAAAUAUUUUAUACCUACAGUUAGCUUAUAGCUACUUUAGAAUAAGUGUCGAUUUAAUAAAUCUCUAUAUUUAAU